CUUGCACCCAAUUAUCUUCUGAUUCAUUUUGACUCCAAAUGAGCGUUCUUUGAUUCGAUUUGAAUCGAAGACCAGCUGGGGAGAUCAAUGCGGUUCUUGUUUUGCUGAUUCUGGAUCGCAUUUCAACUGGGUGUUUAGUAAUUUGUUUUGAGCAGCAUGGAUUCUGCAGCAGAUACAGGGGCGAAGUCCAACAAAACUGGGGGGCAGAUUUGCCAGAUCUGCUGUGAUGAUGUUGGUGUUAGUGCAGAUGGCAAGCCCUUUGUUGCUUGUCUAGUUUGUGCAUUUCCUGUCUGCCGUCCAUGUUAUGAGUAUGAGAGAAAAGAUGGAACCCAAUCUUGUCCUCAAUGCAAGACCAAAUACAAGAGACAUAAAGGAAGCCCUCCAAUCAGUGGGGAUGAGGUGGAAGAUUCUGAUCCUGAUGAUCUGGCAAACACUAUAAAUCAUUUAUCACGGGUUGAGGGUGAGAAGCAUCCAAAACCGGAGCGAACAUUGAGUUGGGAUACCAACUAUAGUCGAGGGGAAGAUGUAGUGCCACCAAACUAUAGUAAAGAAGUUCCUCUUAACCACCCUCCUUUUCUUGCUAAUGGAAGUUCGGUUUCUGGGGAGCUGUCUGCUGCAUCUCCUGCACGUCUCUCAAUGGCAUCUCCUGAGAGUGGGAUCAGGAAGGCAAGAGAUUCUGGGCCCUUAGGUUAUGGCAAUGUAGCCUGGAAAGAGAGGAUUGAUGGUUGGAAGAUAAAACCAGAGAAGAAUGCGGCUCCAAUGAGUGUUACCACUGCCGCCCCUUCAGAUGGAAGAGGAGGUGGAGAUUUUGAUACCAGUACUGAUGUACUUGUUGAUGAUUCUUUGUUAAAUGAUGAAGCCCGUCAGCCUCUAUCCAGAAAGGUUUCUCUUCCUUCGUCUAGGAUUAAUCCUUAUAGGAUGGUCAUUGUUCUGCGGCUCAUUAUUCUUGGUAUUUUCCUGCACUAUCGUAUAACAAAUCCAGUUCCCAAUGCCUUUGCCUUGUGGUUAAUAUCCGUAAUCUGUGAGAUAUGGUUUGCAAUAUCAUGGAUAUUGGAUCAGUUCCCCAAAUGGUUUCCUGUGAACCGUGAGACAUACCUUGAUAGGCUGGCUCUAAGAUAUGAUCGAGAAGGAGAGCCAUCUCAGCUGGCUGCUGUUGACAUCUUUGUUAGUACAGUGGACCCGUUGAAGGAACCUCCACUGGUCACAGCCAAUACAGUGCUAUCCAUACUUGCAGUGGACUAUCCAGUUGACAAAGUAUCAUGCUAUGUUUCAGAUGAUGGAGCUGCUAUGUUAACAUUUGAAGCUAUGUCUGAAACUUCAGAAUUUGCACGGAAAUGGGUUCCUUUUUGCAAGAAAUACAGCAUUGAACCACGUGCUCCAGAAUGGUACUUUACACAAAAGAUUGACUACUUAAAAGAUAAGGUUCAUCCUGCAUUUGUCAAGGACCGCAGGGCUAUGAAGAGAGAUUAUGAAGAAUUUAAAGUUCGUAUAAAUGGGCUUGCUGCAAAAGCUCAGAAAGUUCCUGAUGAAGGAUGGGUCAUGCAAGAUGGUACACCUUGGCCUGGAAAUAACACCAGAGACCAUCCCGGAAUGAUCCAGGUUUUCUUAGGACAUAAUGGAGGGCUUGAUAGUGAGGGUAAUGAGCUUCCACGCUUGGUCUAUGUGUCUCGUGAAAAGCGCCCUGGUUUUCAACAUCACAAGAAGGCUGGUGCUAUGAAUGCACUUGUGCGUGUAUCAGCAGUUCUUACCAAUGGGCCCUUCUUGUUAAAUCUUGAUUGUGACCAUUACAUAAACAAUAGCAGGGCACUUCGAGAAGCCAUGUGUUUCUUAAUGGAUCCUAACCUUGGAAAGUCGGUUUGUUAUGUUCAGUUUCCACAGAGAUUUGAUGGGAUUGAUAAAAAUGAUCGAUAUGCCAAUCGUAACACUGUAUUCUUUGAUAUAAAUUUAAGAGGCUUCGAUGGCAUCCAAGGCCCUGUAUACGUGGGUACGGGAUGUGUUUUCAACCGAACAGCCUUGUAUGGUUAUGAGCCUCCUAUCAAGCCUAAGCAUAAGAAACCAGGACUAUUGUCUGCCUGCUUUGGUGGAUCACGAAAGAAAAGUUCUAAAUCAAGCAAAAAGGACUCCAGUAAGAAAAAGUCAGGAAAGCAUAUGGACAAUACUGUGCCAAUAUACAAUCUGGAAGAUAUAGAAGAAGGGAUAGAAGGUACUGGAUUUGAUGAUGAGAAGUCACUACGUAUGUCACAGAUGACACUAGAGCAAAGGUUUGGUCAAUCAGCAGCCUUUGUGGCUUCAACACUGAUGGAAAAUGGUGGGGUUCCACAAUCUGCAACUCCAGAAUCUCUCCUGAAAGAAGCUAUUCAUGUAAUUAGCUGUGGAUAUGAGGACAAGACAGACUGGGGAAGUGAAAUAGGGUGGAUCUAUGGUUCUGUUACAGAGGAUAUUCUUACAGGAUUCAAGAUGCAUGCUCGAGGAUGGAAAUCCAUUUAUUGCAUGCCAAAACGCCCUGCCUUUAAAGGGUCUGCUCCAAUUAACCUUUCUGAUCGUCUAAACCAAGUGCUUCGGUGGGCUCUAGGUUCAAUUGAAAUUCUAUUCAGUCGCCAUUGUCCUAUUUGGUAUGGCUAUGGGGGAAGGCUGAAAUUUCUUGAGAGAUUUGCUUAUAUCAAUACCACCAUAUAUCCAGUUACGGCCAUUCCCCUUCUUCUCUAUUGUACGCUGCCAGCUGUCUGCUUGUUGACUGGGAAGUUUAUCAUUCCACAGAUCAGUAACAUUGCAAGUAUAUGGUUCAUAUCUCUCUUUCUUUCGAUCUUUGCUACUGGUAUAUUGGAGAUGAGAUGGAGCGGUGUCGGGAUUGAUGAAUGGUGGAGAAAUGAACAGUUCUGGGUUAUUGGAGGUGUGUCGGCCCACUUGUUUGCAGUUUUCCAGGGUCUACUUAAAGUCCUAGCUGGCAUUGACACCAACUUCACUGUCACCUCUAAAGCAUCUGAUGAAGAUGGGGAUUUUGCUGAGCUCUAUAUGUUCAAGUGGACUACUCUUCUCAUCCCACCAACCACUCUCCUUAUAAUUAAUAUUGUUGGAGUAGUUGCAGGAGUCUCUUAUGCCAUCAACAGUGGUUAUCAGUCUUGGGGUCCACUCUUUGGCAAGCUAUUUUUUGCUUUCUGGGUGAUUAUUCAUCUCUACCCCUUCCUCAAAGGUCUUAUGGGACGUCAGAACCGAACGCCUACAAUUGUUAUUGUGUGGUCGGUUCUCCUUGCUUCUAUCCUCUCACUUUUAUGGAUUCGAAUUGAUCCAUUUACAACUCAGAUAACUGGCCCAGAUGUAGAGCUGUGUGGAAUAAACUGUUAAAGGAACAAGAACAAGACAACAUGAUAGAAAGAUUAUGUGUAAGCUUUAUUUGGAUAUCCUCAGGAGAAAAUCCCAAAGGUAUUUGCUUUAAGUUCUCUUAUACUCGUUUUGGAAUGUAGGUUGUUGUGUGAGGAAAACAAACAGGAUGUGGGUUCUAAUGCAAACCCACACAUUUUUACUCAAGUUUCAUUUUUUUAAUAUCUUGAGCUAAUUUAUUUGUGUAUUUUAUGGUCAUAAGUGACUAGCUGCUCCAUAUGAUCCUGUUGUUGUUUGCAUAUUCCCUGAUGGGUUAUAUAUGAUAUAAAAAAUUGAUUCUUAU